AAACUCUUGGGAAGGAGAAUCAUCCCAACGGCUACCACAUGUGGUGGCUGGCACCUCAUUAGUGACCGUUGGCGGUGUCACCCUUUUUAAAUAUAUAACCAAUUGCACUUUCAUUCAAGAAACCAAACUCCGCCUCUCUCUCUCUGUCUACAGAGCAGAUCAAAUCCAAGAAAACAACAUCCGGGGCUCGAGACACAGCAGGUAACUGAUUGAUACAAUGACUGUUGAGGAAACCCAGGUGGUGGCUGAAGUUGUCAUUCCUCAAGAAGAUCCUAAAAAGGUUGUUGAAGAGAGCAAGGAAGAUGUCCAGGAGGAUUGCAAAGUGAAGGAAGUGGAAGAUGAUGAUGGUUCCAAGCCCAAAACAGUUCAGAAGAGCUCCUCUUAUAAGGAAGAGAGCAACUUUCUUUCUGAUCUUAAGGAGUUUGAGAAAAAGGCCCUGAAUGAGCUCAAAUCGAAACUUGAAGAAGCAAUUCUUGGAAACAAUCUUUUCAAGAAAGACGAGCCGAAGAAGAAAGAGAAGGAGAAGUCGGUGAAUAAGGAAGAGACAGAGAAGGAACAAGAAGCCAAGGAAGGGGAAGGGAGUGAAAAACAAGUGCAGGAAGAAUCUGAAAAAAAUGAAGAAUGUGAAGAAGAGAAGAAACCUGAGGUGGCUGUGGAAGAAAAUGGAGAAGGAAUUGACAAAGAUAUCUCCAUUUGGGGAAUCCCACUUUUGCCUAGCAAAGGAGCAGAGGGAACUGAUGUUGUUCUCUUGAAAUUCUUGAGGGCUAGAGAGUUCAAAGUGAAUGAUGCCUUUGAGAUGCUAAAAAAGACCCUUCAAUGGAGGAAGGAAUCCAACAUUGAUUCAAUCUUGGAUGAAGAUUUAGGAGUAGAUCUAAGCUCUGCCUUCUACAUGAAUGGCAUUGAUCGUGAAGGUCACCCAGUGUGUUACAACAUUUAUGGGGUGUUUGGAAAUGAAGAGCUUUACAACAAGGCGUUUGGAACUGAGGAGAAUCGCAAACAGUUCUUGAGAUGGAGAUUCCAGUUGAUGGAAAAGGGUAUUAGAAAGCUUGAUUUGAAGCCUGGUGGUGUCACAUCUUUGCUUCAAAUUAGUGAUCUGAAGAAUUCUCCUUCUCCAUCAAAGAAGGACCUCAGGCUUGCCAUGAAACAAGCUGUUGGGCUUUUGCAGGACAAUUAUCCUGAAUUAGUUGCCAGAAAUAUAUUUAUAAAUGCUCCAUUCUGGUAUUAUGCUCUGAAUGCCUUGUUAUCUCCAUUCCUAACCCAAAGAAGCAAGAGCAAAUUUGUUGUUGCUCGUCCUGCCAAGGUCACGGAGACCCUGCUCAAAUACAUCCCAGCAGAAGAAAUCCCUGUCCAAUAUGGUGGCUUAAAGAGGGAGAACGAUUUUGAGUUCUCUACAGAAGAUGGUGGAGCUUCUGAGCUUGUCAUCAAAGCAGGAUCCACAGAAACCAUUGAGAUUCCUGCAGCAGAGGUUGGAGCUACAUUGAUAUGGGAUCUGAGUGUAUUAGGUUGGGAAGUGAAUUACAAGGAAGAAUUUGUACCAAGCGAAGAUGGAUCUUACACCAUUAUCAUUUCCAAGGAAAAGAAAAUGAGUUCUGCAGAAGGAGCCAUUCGUAAUACUUUCCGGACUAAUGAACUGGGAAAAGUACUUCUCAUCAUUGAAAAUAGUUCAAACAAGAAGAAAAGAAUUAUGUAUCGCUACAAAACCAAAAAGAGUGCUUUCUUUUGAAAUUAUUUUAUUAUUUUUUCUCUUGUUUAAUUUAUAUUUUUUAAAUUUUAUUAUUAUAAAUUGAUUUAUAUAUGUAUGAAUAAUAAAUAAAAAAUUGAUUGAGUUAAUUUUAUA